AGCACACUCCGUCGCACUUUCCUUCAGUUCUCACGGACUCUUUCGUCCUCUUCUCAGAUCUGUCACUGCCUGAGAGAGAAAGAAGAGACACACAGAGUCGCCAUGGCAAUGGCGUCUAGGGUUUUUCUUCUUCUUUUUAUUAUGUUUUCAUUUUAUACGGAGCUUAGUUUUUCGCUCUACGAAGAUCAAGUUGGUCUUAUGGACUGGCACCAACAAUACAUAGGGAAAGUGAAACAAGCUGUGUUCCACACUCAAAAGGCUGGGAGAAAGCGUGUGGUGGUAUCCACCGAAGAGAACGUCGUUGCUUCUCUUGAUCUCCGACGUGGAGAGAUUUUUUGGAGACAUGUUCUUGGCAGCAAUGAUGCGGUAGAUGGAAUAGAUAUUGCUCUGGGAAAAUAUGCCAUAACCCUUUCAUCUGAGGGAAGUAUUAUAAGAGCAUGGAACCUUCCUGAUGGCCAGAUGGUUUGGGAGUCUUUUCUACAGGGCUCAAAUCCCUCCAAGUCAUUAUUAUCCGUGCCGACAAAUGUGAAAGUUGACAGGGAUAAUUUGAUACUCGUUUUCAGUAGGGGGUCUCUUCAUGCUAUUUCUGGUGUAGACGGUGAGGUUGUUUGGAAGAAGGAUUUUGCUGCUGAAAGUAUUGAGGUUCAGUAGAUAAUUCAGCCUUCUGGUAGUGAUGUAAUAUAUGCAAUUGGCUCUGUUGGUUCUUCCCAGUUCGAUGCAUAUGAAUUAAAUGCGAGGAAUGGAGAGUUGCUGAAGAAGCACGGUGCAGUCUUUCCUGGUGGCUUUUCUGGGGAAAUGUUGCUGGUCUCAGGUGACUUGGUGGUGGCAUUGGAUGCCAAUAAGUCAAGUUUAGUAACAAUAAACUUUCAGGAUGGUAUUAAGUUUCAGCAAACAGAUUUAUCUAAUAUUGUUGGAGAUUCUUCUGGGACUGCAAAAUUAUUACCAUUAAAGCUUCAAGAAAUAUUUGCUGUAGAAAUCAAUGAAUUUGUUGUACUCAUAAGAGUGACUGGUGAAGGGAAGCUGGAGUUGGUGGAUAAACUUAAUAAUGCAGCAGUUAUUAGUGAUCCUCUCUUACUUUCGGAGGGUCAACAUGCCGUUGCACUAGUUCAUCAUGGGGAUGGCAAAAUUCAUCUCACUGUGAAACUUGUCAAUGACUGGAGUAAUGAUUUGCUUAAGGAGAGUAUAGUGUUGGACCAUCAAAGGGGGUUUGUCCAUAGGAUUUUCAUGAACAAUUAUAUUCGGACAGAUAGGUCUCAUGGAUUUAGGGCCUUGGUUGUCUUGGAAGAUCAUUCGCUGUUGCUGUUUCAACAAGGGGCGAUUGUUUGGAGUAGGGAGGACAGCCUUGCCUCAAUUAUAAAUGUAGCAACGUCAGAACUACCUGUGGAAAAGGAAGGUGUAUCAGUAGCAAAAGUGGAAGAGAACCUCUUUGAAUGGCUUAAGGGACACCUGUUGAAGCUAAAGGGAACUUUAAUGCUUGCAAGCCCUGAUGAUGUUGCAGCAAUUCAAGGAAUGAGAUUAAAGAGUUCUGAGAAGAGCAAAAUGACAAGGGAUCACAAUGGUUUUAGGAAGUUGCUCAUCGUGCUUACUCGAGCAGGAAAGCUUUUUGCCUUGCACACUGGAGAUGGACGAGUUGUUUGGUCUCUCUUACUGCCUUCACUGCGUAAUUCAGCAUGUGCACAUCCAACUGGGCUUAGUAUUUACCAGUGGCAGGUUCCCCACCAUCAUGCCUUGGAUGAAAAUCCAUCUGUUCUUAUAGUAGGCCGGUGUGGACAAAGUUCUGAUGCACCAGGAGUUCUUUCUUUCGUUGAUACAUACACCGGGAAGGAAAUUGAUUCAUUGAGUCUUGCACAUUCUGUUUUGCAAGUUAUUCCACUGCCAUUUACAGAUUCAACAGAACAGCGGCUUCAUCUACUGAUAGAUGCAGACCAGCAUGCAUAUUUAUACCCAAGAACUCCUGAGGCUAUUGGUAUUUUUCAACGUGAGUUUUCAAACAUAUACUGGUAUUCAGUUGAUGCUGAUAGUGGCACCAUUAAGGGGCAUGCUUUGAAGAGAAACUGUGCCCAGGAAAUUCUUGAUGAGUACUGCUUUGACUCGAGAGACGUAUGGUCAAUUGUGUUCCCAUCUCGCACAGAAAAGAUAAUUGCAGCUGUGACGAGAAAAUCAAAUGAGGUGGUCCAUACUCAGGCAAAGGUUAUAGCAGACCAAGAUGUUAUGUACAAGUAUAUAUCAAAAAAUCUACUGUUUGUUGCAACUAUUGCACCAAAAGCUAGUGGUGAAAUUGGAUCAGCCACCCCAGAAGAAUCAUGGUUGGUUGUAUAUCUCAUUGAUACUAUAACUGGUCGCAUAUUGUAUCGAAUGACUCAUCAUGGUUCACAGGGUCCUGUCCAUGCUGUUUUUAGUGAAAACUGGGUUGUCUACCACUACUUUAAUCUAAGAGCGCACAGAUUUGAGAUGUCUGUCAUUGAGAUCUACGACCAGUCCCGAGCAGCAGCCAAUAAGGAUUUGUGGAAGCUGAUUCUUGGAAAGCAUAAUCUUACCUCUCCUAUUUCUUCAUACUCCCGAACAGAGGUUGUCAUCAAAUCACAAUCUUACCUUUUCACCCAUUCCGUGAAGGCGAUAUCAGUGACAUCAACUGCCAAAGGAAUAACUUCAAAGCAGCUUCUUAUUGGCACUAUUGGUGAUCAAGUUUUGGCACUUGAUAAGCGAUUUUUAGAUCCCCGGCGAACAGUCAACCCCACACAAGCUGAGCGAGAAGAGGGCAUUAUUCCUCUAACAGAUGCAUUACCCAUCGUUCCUCAGUCGUAUGUGACACAUUCCCAGAGAGUGGAAGGACUCCGGGGCAUAGUAACUGUGCCUGCCAAGUUGGAGUCAACAGCACUCGUCUUCGCUUAUGGGGUUGAUCUCUUUUACACUCGAAUUGCACCGUCAAGGACCUAUGACUCACUCACUGAAGAUUUCAGUUAUGCUUUGCUCCUCAUCACCAUUGUUGUACUAGUAGCAGCAAUCUUCGCAACAUGGAUUUUGUCCGAGAAGAAAGACCUGCGAGAUAAGUGGCGGUGAUCUCUCCUUUGUCUCAUCAUAACAAUAAUGUUCCUUUUUUGGGGUUUCCCUGGAUUUAGGCUGCAUUUGAUUUAAGUUAAAUUAGAAGAUGACAUCUUAACCUUUGUUAUCUUUAGUGUGCCUUUUUUAACGGCAAUUUUUGUUGUAGCAUUCCAAAAUUCAUGAGGAUUAGAUUUGUUGACCAGGUUGUAUAUGUUGAAGUGCAAGCGGAAUAUUUGAAUUA